AUGUCGAGGCGCAAGCAGGCGAAGCCGCAGCACACAGCCGAGGAGGAGCGCGGCACGCAGCCACCGCCCCAGCCGGCCCCGGGGGUCGCGGCCUCAGCGGCGCCGGCGGCGGGGGAGCCGGGUGCUUCAGUGAACUACCCGGGGACUGGCGAUGACAUGAAUGGGGACCCAGCGACAGUAAAGAGGCCUCGUCAGGAGGUGACUCACAUCUGUGAGAAAUGCUGCGGAGAGUUCUUCAGCGUCUCUGAGUUCUUACAACAUAAAAAUUGCACUAAACACCCACCUGUCCUCAGCAUGAAGGACAUCGAGGGGCCGAUGCCUUCCGAAGACUUCUCCGGGGCUGGGCUGAGCCACCCGCCACGCAGUCCAAGCAUUAAGGACAGUCACAGGGAGAGUGGCAGCAGCUCAGGGGACAUGAAGGAGAAGCCAGGGGCGGAGUCUGUCCUGUACUUAAAGACAGAGCCCGCCCUGCCACCCACAGCCCAGGACUUAAGCUAUUUACCCAAAGGCAAAGUGGCCAACCCUAACGUCACUCUUCAAGCACUACGGGGCACCAAGGUGGCAGUGAAUCAGCGGAGCGCGGACGCGCUGCCCGCCCCCCUGCCCGGUGCCAACAGCAUCCCGUGGGUCCUGGAGCAGAUCCUGUGUCUGCAGCAGCAGCAGCUACAGCAGAUCCAGCUCACGGAGCAGAUCCGAGUCCAGGUGAACAUGUGGGCCGCCCAUGCCCUCCACUCCGGUGUAGCAGGAGCGGACACCCUGAAGACCUUAGGCAGCCACGUGUCCCAGCAGGUCUCUGCGGCCGUGGCUUUGCUCAGCCAGAAAGCUGGAAGCCAAGGCCUGUCCCUGGACACCUUGAAACAAGCCAAGCUACCUCACACAAGCAUCCCUUCCCCCACCAGCUCGGUGUCCCCGGGGCUGCUGUCCUUCGCCCUGAGGCCGGAUGGGACGAGGGUGCUCCCAAACCGCAUCCCCGGUGCUUUGCUACCCCUGAACCCAAGCUCUGUGCUCUUCCAGAGCCCUUUCUCCACGGUGGCGUUAGACCCGUCUAAGAAAGGGAAAGGGAAGCCACCCAACGUGUCCCCGGUGGAUGUCAAACCCAAAGACGAGGCCACCGUCUACAGGCACAAGUGCCGGAGAAGUCUCCCAUCAGCAUUUGUCCGAGCCCAGCCAACCUAUGUCAAAGUGGAAGUUCCUGGUGCGUUUGGACCCGCGACCAUGUCCCCAGGCCUGGCACCUUUGCUGGCGGCCCAGCCACACCGCCAGGGCAAGCAGCACACCUGCCCGCGGUGCGGGAAGAACUUCUCGUCAGCCAGCGCCCUCCAAAUUCAUGAGCGGACUCACACGGGGGAGAAGCCUUUUGUGUGUAACAUCUGUGGGCGAGCUUUCACCACCAAAGGCAACUUGAAGGUUCACUAUAUGACGCAUGGCGCCAACAACAGCUCCGCAUGCCGCUGGAGGAAGCUGGUCAUCGAGAACACCAUGGCUCUUCUAGGAACAGACACAAAGAGGGUCCCAGAGGUGUUUCCCAAGGAAAUCAUGGCUCCUUCAUUGAAUGUGGACCCUGUUGUGUGGAACCAGUACACCACCAUGCUCAACGGUGGUCUGGCCAUGAAGACCAACGAGAUCUCAGUGAUCCAGAGCAGAGUCAUCCCGACUCUCCCGGUGUCCCUAGGUGCCAGCUCCGUUGUCAGCAACACCACCGUCUCCAAGAUCAAUGGCUCCCAGUCGGUUAGCAGUGAUGUGGAAAAGCCGGGUGCUGCUGACAGCGUCCCCAAACACCUGUCCCCUCACUUCCUGAAGGAAAACAAGAUUGCGGUCAGCUAAGCGACGGGAGAGCCCGUGUGAAGGAGAAAUGCAGAGUGACCGCUUGAACUGGAUCUUUUGUUUUUGUCGUUGUUGUUGUUUAAAAGCCCAUCUCCUCCUGUUUGUUUUUUACUGAUGUGCAAAUGUUUACAGUUGUGACCACAACCUCAGGCACGUCCAACAAUCACGAUGUUGCUAUGCUGUUUUGCUAAAAAAACCAAACCAAACCACACACAUACUAAAAUAAAUACAGACUAGUAUUUUUUUUUAAUUUUGGAAGAAGCGGGUCUUGCAAAGUGGCUUUGUUACUUGAGACAAACUGUAUAUAUGAAGACUUUGUACAAGCUAGAGGAACUAUUUCCAAAGAUUGUCCCCUAUUUCAAGUUGGAACUUACUAAACCACGAUGGGAAAGAAACUGCUUAGCCUCACUGGGGAUAGGGGGGCUGCAUACUUCCGGGACUGUGUGUGGGUAAAUGGACUAGGUCUGUUGUCCUCGGUGGCCUGCUUUGUAUGUCCCUCAACCCUGCACCCAUCUUUUGUUUUCCUUUUUGAAUGUACUUUCCUUUUUAUUUUUAACUAAGGUGUGGCAUUACAAAAUUCCUUCCACCUUGGGCCCCUGAGUAGGAUGCCCUCCAAUGGACGAUCUUAGUCCCUCGGGAGUCGGUGUGUGUGUUGCUGCUGUUGAAAUAGAGUUCAGUGGGAGCCCUAAGCGUGCCAAUGUCUUCCCUGCUUCCCGAUGCCGCCUUCCUGAGCACCAGGACAGGUGGGCACCUGAGCAGGGGACCUCAGGUGACUUGAUUUAGUUCACCAGUGCCUACUCUAGCGAAGAAAUGAGUCUUUCAUUCUUGAAGAAACUCAUGGAGGGCAUAUUUCUGAUAAGAGGUUCACAUACUACUUUUUAUAAAAAUUUUGAUGUGACUUAUGCCAAGUAAUUGUGAAGAUUCUUUUCCCCCGUGAGUACUGCAUGAAGGUUACGAAGUUGGAACAGGCGAGUCCUGGCUAUGAAAGCUUUAAUUUAUCUACCUCAUUUAUUUUUUAUUUUUGUAGCUUUAGUCUCUCUUUUCCUAUUUUAUGACCACUGAAAGUGUUCCCAGUCCCUGUCUUAAACCUAAGAGUUGAUGUAUUGGUGGGAGUGGCUGGACCUUCAAGAUGUUUUGUGAUUUUUUUUUAAUCCCUUUCUUGCAUAUAUAAUAAGCAAAUGCUGAAACUUUGCUCUGAUGGUUUAACGAGGAAGAAGAAGGAAAGACCCUGUUUUCUGAGUCUUUCCCCUCAAUGUGGAAAUGUACAUCAAAACGUGUAUCAAAAGUUGGUCUCUGAGUUAUUGCACCUGACUUCAGGAUAAAAAAAAAAAUUAUUAUUUUUUUUGCCAAGUUGUGCCUUUCCUUCUGAAAUUGUAAAUGAACACAAGACUAGAACCUGUUUACACUGUGAAGUGGAUAUUGUUACGGAGGACAUGCCAGAGGCUUUCUCACUGUUAUGCCUUGUGAAUGUACGAUCUACGGAGAAAACCUUGUAGUUUUACCUGCUGAUGCUGACUGAUGGAAAAUAAAUUUUGGUAUUUUUCCCCUCAA